AGAUGAUCGUUUCUGGCGGCCGCACAGUGUGUUCCCAUUUUUGCAUGUCUCUACGUUGACCCCAGAGGGCCAGAGCGAUCCCGUACCUCCGAUAUGGAUCUAGUGAUCCGCAAAGCACACUGUGUUGAUCGUGCAUACCGUACAUGGUUCAUGUACUGCACUACAACGUACGGACUGUGGGCGCUCGAUUAGAGCCCCGGGCUUUUAUUCGAGAUGGGGCUGUAUUACUUCGAAUGCCUCUGAGGGACGGGCUCUAUUCGAGAGGGGGCUCUAUUCGAAGGGGGGCUUGUAUUCGCGCGUGUACGGUAUUGGUCAAUUUGCCAUGGCAAUAUCUGACAGGCUAUUUUGGAUUAAUUUAGAAAAGAAAAUAGGGCUUGCUGCGUCAAUUAAACACACACAAACUUCAAAUGCAGUGUUCAGAUAUGCUAUAAUUAACUUGAAAGGAAAGGAAAGGGAAGGAAUGAGUACUGUGGUGUGGCAAAGGCCGCCGGCAUUCAUGACCUGGUGACAUUGCGAAGAUGGACAUGCACCCUUGACCAAUCAUUCCAUCAUGGUGUUAUCUCUUCUAUUGUUAUGUUGUACCCGUCGUUUCUCACAAAAGGACACCAAUUAACACAACAGGGAAACGAACAAGAACACAACUGCAGCUAGAAGCACCGCACACGGCUGUUCCCAGUGCAGCUUUUAUCAAUAUAGCUGCGCACUGUAGCAACGACCUUGGAUACGGUACCUUGGGGCACGCGUGCGUACGCGUGGGUGCGAACAGCACGAUUUGUGUGAUGUUCACUGCAAGAAAUUUGAAUUUUAUGAAUGUCCUUUGGUGGCGAGUGUCGACGUCCAUUGAUUGUCGACAUGUCGAUCUCUCUGUUUGCUGUAAAACAUGCUUUUGCUUGUCCGUGGCAUUAUCGUCUUUCCUGUGAAAGCAACUUUCCUUUUUCUCACUACAACCUCCACGAUGCGUAAUUUCACUUGUGGUUCUGUCAACAUUUUGCAAAACAUGCAUGCGGGAGCUGCAAACAUAUGGAGGAUGAACCUCUGCAGAAUCGCAGGAGACGUCAAUACCAAAGCAGGUCUCCAGCUUACCUGCAAGUGGUCCUGCAACGUAGCUCUGGGACUUGCCCAUCCGCGAGAAUCUCAUGCCACCAACUCGGCAAACCUGAGCCAGGCGUUGGCCAUGGACGUCCAAGGACGCCAAGAAAAAAGCUACUUCCUCGCAAACCUGCAAAGUUGGCAUGCUUGAAGAUACGAAAACUAGGAAAAGGAACCCAUGGCUUUUCGACACCCAGGCCAGAAAAGGUGUACCGUACCAAAAAGUCGCCAGAAAGUACAGCUUGUAACAUCCGUGACUGAUGACUAAAAGGAUACACAAGCUUAUCUAAGGUACUCACGCGGGAAAUUGAAAAGCACUGGGAAUAUUCAUUCGGUCGGUAGAAUCGGUAGAGCAAGGGUCGUGGGUUGUUGGAAGCCAAAGUUGGACGCCAAUGCAUCGACGGUGCCAUCGUCCCUUAACUUGCUGACCACGAGAUAGCAUUGUGUUGAGUCUUUCCUUUCCAGGAGUUGGUGCAGCACGGAAAGGAGUAAUGAGCAACAUCAAUAGUGGGUAGGCACUAUCCCUCACGAUGUGCUUGUCAUUCUGCAACAAACCACCUGUCAGAUGUUCAUGGAGAGGGGAAUUCCAGAAGACUCUGGCGUUGUGGACUGAACCAGGCCAUCCAGCUUACACAUCUGUGAACAGCAUUUCAUGGUCACAGACAGCCUGCAGAAGAAUUGAAUGCCACCCCUUUCGACUGAUGUAGGAGAGUGCAUUCUCUUGUGGAGCUUGGCAGGGCAAAUGGCUUCCGUCAAUGGCACCCACAGCACCAGGGAAACCGCCAGACAUGGUAUGGAAACCAGCAGCUAUAUCGUCAAGCCGUCCUUCGUCGGGCCACUUGAUGGUGGACGGUCCAAGGUUGAUCACAAGCGCUGAGUGACACAACACAUUUCAGGCAGGAUUGGGCGGUUGACCUCGCCAAGUCAAACCGAUCGGCUAAUUGCCUAUAGGGUUCCUGGUUGCUCAAGGUCCAAAGCGUCAAAAGGAGCUGUUUUCCUGUGUCUAUCUUCUUCCUCCCAGAUUUAGCAUUUUUCGACAAAUUCUAGAGGGCCAGCAAUUUGACCAAGAAGGACUUUGUAUGUACUUCUCGUCAGUCGGAAAUGACUUCUGAACGUAGGAUCUAUCAGUGUUGGCACCGUCACCUCGUAAUACCCAGUGACACAUUCCCUAGCUUUCCGUUCCUGGCCAGGAAUCAACUCGCCAAGCAAAGUGAGAACCUCAUCCUCUCCCUCUUCCUCGUCGCUACUGAGUAGCUCAUGGAGGGCUUGAUCAACAGCUGCGGCUGCAAUGGGCAAUAGCUGGGCAUCCAUACUAGCAAAGGCAAUACUCACAACAAUCCAACACCAUCAGGUUCUUUGAAGUAGACAGACACGUACAUGUAGCUAGAAAUUGACACCUUGAUCUUUGCUUGCUAGUUCCUCCGUGUGCUAGAGUCUUGUUUGGUGGGUGCCGUACAUGGACCGUGCAUAAUGCAAAACUGGUGUAGAGUUCUUCCGCGUAUAUGUUUGCACGUAUGGCGAAAACUACUAAUCCAGUAGAGUACCAUUCGCACAGUUACCUCUACCGUCUACUGCUAUCGGUAGAAUUUCUCUUUCCCUACUCUACCAGUACAGUAGAGUGCCGAUCAUCCGCACUCCUCGGGGCGCGGGGCUGUCUCCAGGGGGUUCGGAUGAGGUAGCGACCACCCAUCCAUCUAAAACAUGCAUAUCCCCUCGUGUUAACAUCUUUUACUAUUUCUCUUCAGCAGUUCUACAGGAAUUCGACACACUCCAGCUCUGCAUAAUGACACUUUAGGUACCCAUUUCUAUCCCAACCUGUUGCCAUGCACCUUGUGCGCCAUUGGAAUGAUGCACAGGGUGGGGAAAAUCAGUAAAAACUCAUUUUCGUCCCUUAAAUUCAGUGCAAACAGGCAUUUCGGAUAAUUGAUCUUUCAGAUAGUUGGCGUUCGGAUAAUCGGCAUUCUACUGUAGCUAAAACUUGCGAACGCAGCCUUAUUGUGCUUGUAGUCAAUGUAUCUGUGUGUAUGUGUGUGUGUGUGUGUGUGUGUGUGUGUGUGUGUGUGUGUGUGUGUGUGUGUGCGUGUGUGUGUGUGUGUGUGUGUGUGUGUGUGUGUGUGCAGCCAGACAUUCGCGGUCCUGCUUGUGAUCCGUGUCCCGUUUUCUGGUUCCCUUUCCAUAGGGGUGACACUUGCCCCUCUGGGCAGUCAUGCUGCUAGUAGUAGUAGUAGUGUGUGUGUGUGUGUAUGUGUGUGUGUGUGUGUGUGUGGCACGGGCACUUCUCAGGUGUUUUGAAUGUCUGCAGUACUUACGAUGCAGAGGUAUUCCAGCAAAUCCCCCAGCGGGAGGUCAUGCACUCGCUAACGCAGCCACCGUCGGGAGAGGAGUUGACCCAUGCCCUGAGACAUCUGAAGAACGGCAAGGCUGGUGGCAUGUCGCAGAUCGUGCCUGAACUGUUGAAGGCUGGUGUGCCCGUCCUCCACCCACUCCUUCUGGACCUGCUUCAAUCUGUCUGGUCGGAGGGUUACGUACCGCAGGACUGGCGUGAUGCAGUGCUCAUCCCCAUACCUAAGAAGGGUGACCUUUCUCGCUGCGACAACUGGCGAGGAAUUGCGUUGCUGGAGGUUGUGGGGAAGCUAGUUGCUAGGGUCGUGCAGAAUCGGCUGCAAGUGCUCGCUGAGGAUGAGCUACCGGAGUCGCAGUGUGGGUUCCGGCGAAACCGUGGUUGUGCUGAUGCCAUCUUCUCUGUCCGCCAACUGGUAGAGAAAUCAUAUGAGCAUAGAUCGAAGCUGUUUUGCGUCUUUGUGGACCUCCGCAAAGCAUACGACUCUGUGCCUCGUGAGGCUCUGUGGCAGGCAUUGCUUCGGCUCGGUGUCCCCCCUCAGGCUGUGGCUCUCGUGAAGUCGUUCCAUACGGACAUGUUGGCGUCUGUUCGUGUUGCUGGUGGUUGUACCGAUCCGAUCUCUGUACAAAAUGGUUUACGGCAGGGGUGUGUCAUGGCUCCUGUGCUGUUCAACCUGUAUUUCGGAUUGGUGAUGGAGCGGUGGAGGUCUGUUCUCAGGGAGCGCGGCAUCGAGUCUGGUGUGGAUUUCAGCUUCUUGAUUAAUGGACAGUUGUUUCCCCGUGCAGCUGGGCGACGUCGACAGUCUCAGACUGGUCAUGCUGAUGAUUUUGAGUUUGCCGAUGACGCCGUCCUACUCGCAACAACUCUUGCUGCAGCCGACCUGUCCCUGUCCGCCUUCUGCGAUGUGGCAUCCAGCUUUGGCCUCACGGUCAGCAUGACGAAGACUAAGCUACUGGUCGCGGGCUAUGGAGUCGCUGCCGCUGAUUGUUCCGAUCUGGCAGUUGGCAAUGAAAGGGUUGAAGCUGUUACCUCCUUCCCCUAUCUUGGAUCUGUUAUAACUCCGGAUUCGCGAGCUCAUGCCGAUGUCCAGAGCCGCCUUGCGAAGGGUGCCAGGGCCUUUGGCUGUCUUCGGCGGAUUUUACAUGAUCAGAGCCUGAACCUGCCUACUCGACGGCAUUUGUAUGUGGUAUGUGUUCUCACCACGGUUUUGUAUGGCUCGGAGUGUUGGACCCCAUUGAAGUCGGACUUGGACAAGCUGGACAGGUUCCAUCACGCCAACCUACGGUCAAUCCUUGGCAUUUCGCGCGGCCGCCAGUGGGAGCAGCACAUUACAUCGGAGCAACUACGCACACAGUGGGGUGACCCUACUCCACUGUCGUGCAUGGUACAGCGAAGACGCUUGGAGUGGCUUGGGCACCUAGCUCGGCUUGAUAACAAUCGGUUACCCAAGCAGUUGCUCUUCGCUCAUCUUCCACGAACCCGCCCGUUUUGCGGCCCCCGACAUCGCUGGAAGGACGUUGUCCAGGCUGAUCUGACUGUGGCCGGUGUGCACAAUUGGUUCCAAUCAGCCAACGAUCGCGGAGAGUGGCGUGACAUAGUGUCGGCAGCAGCGGGGGUGAAGGAGCCUGCCCCGAAGACGAUUGUGUGCCACGUUUGCGGCCGCCUGUUUCGUCGGCGCGCCGACAUGGCCCGGCACAAGUGCACAGCAGUCCGACAGCUCCCCAUAUCACAGCAGCCUGGGUCGGUGCAGUGUCCUGCCUGCAGUAGAUGGCUCCGGAGCAGGGGUGGGCUUGCAGUGCAUAAGUGCCUAGGGAGUGACAACUGUGACGACCGACCGCCUUUUGAUGCUCCUCCUGUUGCCGAGGUCCCGGGGUGUACUGCCUGCCAGCGUACUUUCAAGUCUACUGCUGGCCUCAAGCGCCAUCGCUGUGGACCCCGCCCGAAGCGCCCUACAGUGACUGAUCGCCAGCACUUUGAACAUCAUUGCCGAGUCUGUAGUCAACGCCAGUUUCGGAGGCGACAGGACCUGGAGCGCCAUUUGAAGCACUGCCUACCUCUCCCCUAACCUCUCUGACAGUACCUCCCUUUGGGGAGCGGCGUGGCCAUUUCUGGCAGCUGUCAAUAGUAGUAGUAGUAGUGUGUGUGUGUGUGUGUGUGUGUGUAUGUGUGUCUGUGUGUGUGUGUGCCCAUGUGUGUCUGUGUCUGUGUUUGUGUGUUUAUGCAUGUGUAUGUGCACGUGCAUGCGUACGCCGGUCUGCUUCAUGCCAUCCUAGUACACUGCGCUGUGCCUGGACGCCGGAUUGGGUGAUGCUGUGUGGUGUAAACAACGUGUGCAACACUUUUGGCUCUGAUACUCGUCCCGGUCAGGACUGCUGGUAAAUUUCAUUAGUGACCCUGGUAAUUGUGUGCCGGUCCCUGCUCCCUGGCCAAAGCCACAACUUAGCCAGUCUGGUAUACUAUCUACUAGGCAGUGUAUAUGACAAUGAGACUGAGUCGGUGAUAAGUCGGCUCAACUGCAUGGUGUCAGGCUCACCACCGUGGGGCACUCUUGCUAUCUGCUUGUUUUCCUUGUUAGGAGCGUGUGCACACACUUUGCACUAAGCUGUGCAGGCAAGAGACAAUGCCACAUGCCGAGCGCCACCACCACCACCACGGCCAUUGCUGAUCUCCAGUCCAGUAUCCCCAGUACCGGCCACUACUCCAGUAUCCCCAGUUCCGGCCACUGGACAGGAUCUAGGACCUACUAGUACUAGUAACUAGAUUAGCAAGCAGAGCCAGCAGCAGUGAUGUCCGAAAAUCUAAUUCACACUAAUCAGAUGGGCCAUUGAUUGUCCUGAGUACUGCAAAUUACUUUUAUUGCUUUAUCGUGUCAUGGCUGGUGUUUACUGCACGGCAACUGUGUGGGGGGCUUGCUGGCAUAUCCGGCUAUGAUAUGGAGAGUGUGAAUCCUCUCUGGUACUUGUACUGCAGUUUAGAUGAUUGUACAUAUCCACAUUUGUGUCUGGACUACCGGUUUGCUGAGUGUCCUGCCUGGGACUCACUUCACCUUCUCUUGGAGCUCUCUUUUCUUGACGAAUCCUGGGUGAUGACUGACGGCUGCUUGCAGUGUGGGUGUGCCCCCGUGGUGGUCCAUGAAUUGAGGGCAGCUCUUUAAGAUCUUGACUUGAAGGGCUCUUCGUCAUCUCGUCCUUGUGUGGCUGUUAGGUGAUGCAGCAUGGCCUAGCCUAGUCUUGGAUUGCUGUUUGUGUGUUGUGGUGUAUGUGUGUGGGGGAUAUGUGCCUGCCUGGAUACAUGUAUAUGUGCAUACUUGUAUGAAGUUGAUAUGUGUGUGCUCCUCUGUGAACUUUUGGCAAGUAAGGUUUGCCCUGUAGCCUAGACUACUGUUGUAUCAAUGAAGCUUUAUUAGAAGUGAAGGAAGUCCACUACUAAGUACUAGUCACUGGUACUAUGCUGUACACUGUGUAUGCAAGAAUAGACAAAGAGAAAGAAGGAUAAUGCUCAACUUCUACAAGGCACUGAGCUGACUCACUUGCUAGGAUUUCAUUGAGCAGCACUGCAGCUUGUUUGUGUAGACACUGGGUAGUGAGUACAUGUAUUUGUUUGGUUUGGUACACUAGUAGUAGUCUGGCAGUCCUGGCCUGCACGCUCCACACCUGCCCUGCUUUGUUUGGCUGGUCAAGCAUUGCAUCGUUGACAUUAUGAUUCAGCUACAGUGCAUGCAUGCAUGUAUACAUGUAUAUGGCCAGGUAGGGCACAAUAGUGACACUAAUGGCUGCUCUGACCUGUAUGCACUGGGCCAUCAUGAACACAAUCAGACUCAGAGUAGAAAAUGACUACUGGUAUAUUGAAUCCUCCCAAUUAUGUAACUACUUACUUGUUGUUGCUGCUGCACAUGGACAUGCAGUCAUAUCAUACAAUGUACAGCACCAUGGGCUGAGCACAUUUUUUUAAAUUAGUGAAACGCCUCCGGGGUUUCAUGUGAAAAGUGCUUGUUAGUGGUCCAGUCCGAUUUGCAUUGUGCUUUAGUAAUGCUAUGAUCAGAGACACAGCUUUUGCCACAUUUGGUAUCCUAGUAAUUAUCUGUCUUAUCAGGUUCACUGUAGAUAGGCUAGGGACAUGCCUGUACUAUAGUAGUAUGACCACUUGUGCAAGUGCUAGUACAUGUACUAGUCUACUCUUCCUGCACUGUCUGCGUGGAGUACUAGUGCUACUAGUGCUUGAUUUGUGAGGCUGGGUGGUUGGAAUUGGGUCAACAAGAAUGUGCUGUGGUGGAGUCCCAUGGCAAUUAUUUUCAUGUAAAUCUGCUUCAGUGCAAUAAUGACUCAUGUGUCAUGGUGAAUGCCAGCGCACUGGAUGAGUAUGAUAGUAUUGGUGUGCCCAGCUCUAAAUCUGUGUGUCAACCAGGCAUCCUACAGUAAUAAUUAUUAGUAUUAUCAGCUCCACCUCCUUGUCUCCAAACUCAUGCUGUGCAGCAUUAUAGGCCAUUAGUGGCAUUAGUGGGCACACUUCAAUUUAGACUGCUGGAGGCCAGUUUAACGUGACUAUUCUGUAACUGUCCCUGGCGAGAUGUGCUUACUCACUUCUGGACGCUUCUCCACGGCUGCAGUUCUUUUUCAAGUGCAAGUACAUGGAUAUUUUAAAAGUUGUUUGUAUAGUAUUCACUGAGUGAGAGUGAGGGUGAGAGUACUCAGUACUGACUGAAUGGCUGUAGGGCCAGUACUUGUUAGUUGUAGUCAGCAAUAGCUAGCAUGGAUACAGGGAUGUGACCAUACAGUGUCUAUAGUUAGUUCAUUCACUGAUUCAGCACCAUCAGUCUUGUUCUAGCCAAGGGCCUGCUGCUGCUGCUGCUGCUGGUCAAUACAGCUAGACUGUACUACAAGUGCUGUAGUACAGUGUAACAGUGAAGUGGAUAUGGGGCUAACGGCUAUGGUACUUGAG